AUGAUUAUCACUGGCUCUAACUCUUCUGUUAUCUCUGAGGUCAAACAACAUCUUUUCCGCACCUUCGAAAUGAAAGGUCUGAGUCUAUUGCAGUAUUUCCUUGAUAUUGAGGUUGCCUCUUCUCCAAAGGGCUAUUUUUUGUCUGAGGCCAAAUAUGCUAAUGAGGUUAUUCACCAUGCCCGUCUUACUAAAACUAAGGUUUCUAAUACACCUAUUGAGCUUAAUGUGAAGCUCAACUCUACUGAUGAUGUCCCUCUGGAUGAUCUCAUUUCCUAUCGUGAGCUUGUGGGUUGUUUAGUUUAUUUGACUGUCACUCGCUUUGAUUUUACUUAUGUUGUUCAUGUGGUUAGUCAGUUCAUUUCCGUUCCUCGCUCUACCUAUUGGGAUGCUUUGGUUCGCAUUCUUCGCUAUCUCAGAAGUACCAUAUUUCAAGACUUACUGUUGUCCUCUAUUUCCUCUUUAGAUUUGGUGGCCUAUGCUGAUUCUAAUUGGGCUGGUGAUGUUAAUGAUCGCAAGUUCACCUCUGGUUUCUUGGGGACUGAAGAGGCGGUGGAAGCAGAAGCUGGUCUCCUCCUCCAAUGUGACCAGCGGGGGAAGAGAGGUGGUUCCGCAGUAAUGGUUGUGGCGGCGGGGGACGGAGGGAGACGGUGGUGA